CUGCCGCGGCCGCCGCCGAUGCGGCACGCACUUGGUUAACGGGCGUGGAACUUUCGAGACCGAUCACCAGAAAAUAAUAUCUUUUUCUUGCAGCGACACGCACACACAAAAUAUACGCGUGUAAAUAAUAUAGUACAUGACGCGCGAUUGAAUUUCGGACGACAACUGUGGACGAAACGAUAAUCCCAGGACCUUUGAUGCGUUGGAAGAUGCCGAAUGUGGCGGUCGUCGCCGUUGCCGUCGCCGCUCUGUUGCUGGUCACCGCGGAAACGGUGUUGGCGGCCGGCGGCGGUGGUGGUGGUGGUAGCGGUGGCGGCGGCGGCGGCGGUGGCGGCGGUGGACGACAACGCGGCGCGGCCACCGCCGCCGCCGACCGUCAGGAGGACUUUGACAACGGCGAUGACGAGUCCCCGCAGACGCCGGCCGCCGUCCAGUGCUCCAAUUGCUUGGGCCACGAGGGAAUCAAGUCGCUGAGCAUCGAGCUGAUCAAAGCGUCGAUACUGAACAAGCUGGGCAUGCAACGGCCGCCGGAGUUCGGAGGUCGGCUGCCGCCUCGGGUUCCCACCGAUCUACCGCCACUGCAGGACCUCAUGCGCAAGUACAACAACGACCACAGCGGCUCGGUGGUGGUGCUCCCGCACAUCCGGCACAAGUCGCACCACUUUGACGACAGCGUCACCGACAUGCAGAGCGACGAAGCGACCGGUUACUCGACCACCGCGUCCGCGGACAACUCCAACAGCUACAACGUUGGCAACGCGGACGACGACGACGACGACUAUCACGUCAAGACGCACAAGCUCAUAGCGUUCGCUCAGCCGCAUCCCACGCUGCACCAAAAACUACGGGGCCACUAUCCGAUCUACUUUACGUUCUCCGAGCAGACGGGCCAGCAACGGAUCACCGAAGCGAUCCUGUGGCUGUACAAGAAACGUCUGGACGUGGUCAUCGACGAUCCGGUGGUCAUGUUAGAUGUGUACAGAAUCAAUCCAAUCACUUUCCACCAGUCGUACGUGUCCAGCAUAAAGCACAUUAUCAACACCACCGAACCGGGCUGGGUGCCCAUUGACAUACAGAGGCGCAUGUCCGACUGGUUCAAGAGCACAGACGGGCCCAAGAACUUGACGCUAGUGGUGCACUCGUAUUACUUGAGACAGAACACCUCGCACCUCAAGCCGCCUUACGUAACGGACGCCAGGAAAAGAGAAGACAUGACCGAGAUCCCGUACUUGGAGGUGCACACUCGGGAGGACCGACGGUCCCGGGCCAGGCGGAACGCGGCGUCUGGGCUGACGUGCAAUGAGACGUCCACGGAGACCCGUUGCUGCCGGUUUCCGCUGACGGUCGACUUCGAGGAGUUUGGCUGGCACUGGAUCAUCGCCCCCAAGCGGUACGUGGCCAACUACUGUUCCGGCGCGUGCGACCCGAUGCUGUUCCCGAAGUACCCGCACACGCACUUGGUGCAGAUGACCAAGUUCGGCACGGGACCGUGCUGCGCGCCCCGCAAGAUGUCCGCCAUAUCCAUGUUGUACUACGACCCCGACUUCAACAUCAUCUACGGCAUGCUGCCCGGCAUGGUGGUGGACAGGUGUGGCUGUAGCUAGUCGGCGGCAUCGUCCAUUCGCUCACCUUCCGUCACCAACGUCGCGCGCACACACACACACACACACACACACACACACACACACACACACACACACACACGCAAGCAAACAAGCACGUAGCCAGGAUUGUUUUGGGGGGAGGGUCUUAAACUUAAAUUUUUAUUCUCACUACCUAAAUAUAAAAUGUAAUAUUUCGUAAUUUCGUGUUACUUAAUACGUCGCAUAGCGUUUGACCACUAUGUGUAUAUAAUAUAUUUAAAUGUAUUACAUAUUUAAUUUAUAAUUUUUGUCAUCGAGGAUUCUCGAAUAACCGUUGGAAGAUACUUGAAUAAUUUCGAGGGGUGACUCUAAUGACCCCGCCUUGAUACGUGCUUGUGCCUUGUACACACACACACACACACACACCCACACACCCACACACUGAUAUGUCGUAUUAUUUUUACUCCACACGAUGAUAGGUUGUUUGUAUUAGAUAAAUGAUAUCGUGAUGUUAAUUUUUUCAUUCGCUAAAAAGCGAGAUAUAAGUGAAAAACAUAACGUAUAAAUACCGAUCUGACGUUAAAAUUGUUCGACAUUAUUAUAUGCCUAUAAUACAAUGUAUUGUGCGUUUUUCGUGAAUUCUAUAUUCAUGUUGUAACAACAUAAUAAAAAUAACAAAUAUUUUGUACUAUUUAUUCGCAACGCGUUUCUUUGUAAAUACACUUUUUUUUUGUUUGUUUUAUUAUUUUACUUUUUUUUUUUUGAACGGAGUCUUUUCUUUUCACGCCACCGUCUUCUCCGCUGUUGUCUUCGCGCAUGUGUCAUCGAAUGACGCGUGUAAACUAAUAUUUUUUUUUUUUUAGUUAUAAUCAUUAAUAAUAAGACAACUCAAUUAUUCCAUAAUUUACUAUAUAAUAAAAUGUAUCAUAGUUACUAUUAUAUUGUUAUUAUUUAUAAAUUAUAUUUGUGAACUAUUUAUAUAAUAAUAAUAUAAUAUGUAGAUGAAGAAUCCAACUAAUCAUCUUAUAAAAUCGGACAAUACAGCUAAGUACAUAGUAUACGAUUUCCGCGUGUAAUGGCUUGCAUAUGCAAAACGCCUGAAUUUUAUUGUCGAAAAAUAUCAAAUCAAAAACUGUAUAAUAUUUUAUAGAAUUUAUAGAUUAAAGUGUAAAAUUUAAAAACGAUAGAUAAGACAUCCGAUUAGUAGGUUUUAUAUAAUAUACAUAAAAACUGUAUAAAUGUAUUUUUAUUAUAAAAUUAGAAAU